AUGGGGCGGCGAGCGCUGCUGGGGGGCCGGGCUCCGCUCCACCUUCUGCUGCUGUGCCACGCCUGGGCGCUGCCUCCGCCGCCGCCGCCGCGGCAGGCGCAGCCGGUGCUGCCCGCCCGCCUGCCCGCCCCGUCGGGGCAGCUGGCCCUGCGGCUGGCGGCCUUCGGCAGGGCCGUGGUGCUCCGCCUGCGCCCCGACGCCGCUUUCCUGGCUCCCCGCUACCGCCUGCAGCGCUUGGGGAGCCGCAGGGCGGCCGCACGCAGCGCGCCCCGAAGGGGAUGCUUCUACGCGGGGACCGUCGACGGGAGCCCCGAUGGGGCCGCCGUGCUCAGCCGGUGCUCUGGGGCCGGGCUCCGAGCCGCUUUCCUCCUCGAUGGGGAUGCUUAUGAGCUCCAGCCGCUCGGGCAGCGCUGGCCGGGGCCGCCCUGGAGGCGGCCGCAUCGGCUCCGGCGCCGCGCUGCUCCCGGUGCUCCCGGUGUUCCCGGUGUUCCCGGUCCUCGGGAGCGGCUCCUCCGCUCCAAGCGCUUCGUUUCCCAGGCGCGGUACGUGGAGACGCUGCUGGUGGCGGAUGCCUCCAUGGUGCGGUUCUACGGGGAGGAUGUGGAGAACCACGUCCUGACGCUGAUGUCCAUGGCAGCUCGCAUCUACAAACACCCCAGCCUGAAGAACUCCAUUAACCUGGUGGUGGUGAAGGUGCUGGUGGUGGAUGAGGAGGCAGCAGGGCCCGAGGUGUCCGACAACGGUGGGCUCACCCUGCGCAACUUCUGCAGCUGGCAGCAGAGGUUCAACCCCCCGAGCGACCGGCACCCGGAGCACUAUGACACUGCCAUCCUGCUGACCAGACAGGACUUCUGUGGACACCAAAGCUGUGACACGCUGGGAGUGGCGGAUAUCGGCACCAUGUGUGACCGCAACAAAAGCUGCUCCGUGAUCGAGGAUGAGGGGCUGCAGGCAGCUUACACCCUGGCCCAUGAACUGGGCCAUGUUCUCAGCAUGCCCCAUGAUGACUCCAAGACCUGCGAGCGGCUCUUUGGGCCCCUUGGCAAGCACCAUAUGAUGGCCCCUCUUUUCAUCGCCUUGAACAAGACCCAGCCCUGGUCUCCUUGCAGCGCCAUGUACCUCACUGAGUUCCUGGAUGGAGGGCAUGGUGACUGCUUGCUGGAUGCCCCAGCAGAGCCCCUGCCCCUGCCUAUGGAGCUGCCUGGCCAAGGAGCCCUGUACAGCCUGGACCAGCAGUGCCAGCAGAUCUUCGGCAAGGGCUUCCAGCACUGCCCCAACACCACAGACGAGGACAUCUGCGCCCAGCUCUGGUGCAGGACCGGCACUGGGGAGCCCCUCUGCCACACCAAGAACGGCAGCUUGCCCUGGGCCGAUGGCACUCCAUGCAAAGCCACUGGGAUGUGCUGGGAUGGACGCUGUGUGCCGCAGGAUGCCCUGAAACCUCAGCCAGUGGUGGACGGCGGCUGGGGCCCGUGGAGCCCGUGGGGCUCCUGCUCCCGGAGCUGUGGUGGUGGGGUGCAGUUCUCCUACCGGCACUGCGACAGCCCCAAGCCCCAGCACGGCGGCAGGUACUGCGAGGGCCAGCGUGCCAAGUACCAGUCCUGCCACACCGAUGAGUGCCCGGCGGAUGGGAAGAGCUUUCGGGAGCAGCAGUGUGAGAAGUACAACAGCUACAACUUGACGGAUCUGGAAGGGAACCGCCUGGAGUGGGUACCCAAGUACGCGGGGGUCUCACCCCGAGACCGAUGCAAGCUCUUCUGCCGAGCCAGAGGGAGGAGUGAAUUCAAAGUCUUUGAGGCCAAAGUGAUCGACGGGACGCUGUGUGGACCAGAGACCCUCUCCAUCUGCGUCCAUGGGCAGUGCAUCAAGGCCGGCUGUGAUCACAUCGUUGGGUCCUCCAAGAAGCUGGAUAAAUGUGGGGUGUGCGGUGGCAAUGGCUCAACGUGCAGGAAAAUAUCCGGCUCGCUCAACCGAUCCAAAUACGGCUACAACGACAUCGUCACCAUCCCCGCGGGGGCAACCAACAUCGACAUCAAACAGCGCAGCCACCGAGGGGUGCGCCACGAUGGGAACUACCUGGCCCUGAGGACCCUGGAGGGCAAGUACCUGCUGAACGGAGACUUUGCCAUCUCAGCCAUGGAGCAGGACAUCCUGGUCAAGGGAACCAUCCUGAAGUACAGCGGCUCCAUGACGACCCUGGAGAGGCUGCAGAGCUUCCGACAGCUCCCGGAGCCGCUCACGGUCCAGCUGCUGACCAUCGCCAGCGAGGUCUUCCCACCCAAAGUCAAAUACACCUUCUUCAUCCCCAAGGACGUCCCUUUCAGCAAGCAGAAAGGCAAAGAGAAGAAGUCGGCCAACGUCAUCCGCCCCAUGCUGACCUCCCAAUGGGUCCUGGGCGACUGGUCCGAGUGCUCCAAGACGUGCGGCUCCGGCUGGCAGAGGCGGACGGUGGAUUGCCGGGAUAUGGAGGGUCAAACCUCCUCUACAUGCGACAGAGCCCUCAAGCCUGAGGACAUCAAGCCCUGUGGUGACAUCCCCUGCCCGCUCUGGCGCAUGGGUCCCUGGUCCCCCUGCUCCCACACCUGUGGGGAGGGCAUCCGGAUGCGCAAUGCUUCCUGCAUCGACUACACCGGCACAAUCACUGCCCCGGAGAGAUGCAGCUCACCGGGGCCAGCACCGGUCACUGCUGCCUGUGUGCUGCAGCAGUGCUGAGCACCGCACCAGCACCACCAGUGAGGGUGCUGUGAGCUUGGUUAACCACUUCCCAGAGGUUCAUCCCCAUCCCAUCCACGUCUACCUCAGAGCGGGGAAAUAACAGCAGCAGAGUGGGGAGGAAUCACUUGUUUUCCUUUCUCUUUUCCUCCCAGCUGGCUGCUUGCAGGAAAGUUGUCAUUUAAAGGGAAAAUAGGUGUAUCCAUAGGGAUUUUUCCAAAGAGCUUUUGUUAAGCACUUGUUUGUAAGGAUUUGUUGUUGGAAAAGAAUGUGGAAUCCGGCUUUGCCAUCGCCCCAUCCCAGCUGCAGGUCGAAGAGGUCCAGGGUGGGCGGCUUUGCUGAUAAGGUUGGGAUCCCUUUGCCAAAGGGUUGGAUGGGGUUGCUGUCCCCUCCCUGCAGCAGUGUGGGUGUCCUUGAGCACGAGGAGCAUUCUGUCAGCUCCGGGUUUAUCUGGGAGAUAACUCACUUGGCUGGGAGCAGGAGGGAGCUGAGGGAAAGAUCCUGGUGUGCAUUAGACAGGACAUGGG